GCGUAAGUAGAAGUCGUACCUUUUAGUAAAGUCGUCUCGGAAGUUGAAGUGUCAUGUCUUCAUGUUGUAGAAUGAACGACGCAAGGCCACCAUGUGGCAGGAAUCGAGCGACGCGGCGAGAGCUCGCGUCUCCAUGUUCACAACUUUGAAGGCACGAGAGGUUCAGCGUAGCAAAUCAUGUGCAAAGGUCCAUGGCCCUGACAUUGGACAUGCACACAUGGCGAAUUGCGCCAUCCGUUUGAAAUUUUACAAGACUCUGACGUGGAAAUGGGUGCCUGCACUCUUCAAACCACAAGAUGAUUCUCUUAUUCGCAUUGUCCAGCUUGCCACAUCUUUCCGCAGCGCUCAAGGCGGUCGGCGAAAUCAAACAUCCAUUUCCAAGCAACAAGAAAGUAUGGUAUUAUACGGACCAAGAUGAAUUGAUGGUGUCUUCGCACCAUCCUCCUGACGUCAGCCACAAUCUCAUGACUAUCUAUCAUGCUAAAAGGAAACGCCUGCAAAAGCAUCACUACAACACUUUUUUCAUGCCAAACAUCAGCGAUCCAUCGAAUAUUCAAGGUUGCUGGUUGGCAAAGCCAGAUCGCAAUGUUGCUGUGUGGGAUGAGCUGCUGGAGCAUGAUAAGCCGACAACCCACAACGCGCAGGGCGAAGUUCUCUGCUGUGGCAAUCUCAUCAACUACCGACCCACCAAAGUUCUGCCAGGACCAGAAACAGCGGGCCUUGGAUGGAACAGGUGUUGGUUUGAAAGCGACAAAAAUCGACACGGUGGAUAUACAAUUGCUUCUUGUCAGCAGUAUGAGCUUGAACAGAAAGAUCCACGCCCUGCAAAUUGGCACGUCAUUGGAGCACCUUUCAAAUCUGGAAUUUCUAAGCAAGAGGGGAUCUAUUUUGUGGAAUACGACAAACAGGCAAAGCUUCCAAAGCUAUCUUUCAUGACACCGGAUGAAAGUUUCAAGUACUCUCUUCAACCCAACAACGAUUCUGCAAUGCAUUUCUGGCUAGCCAAACCAGAUCAAGCCGACAAUUUUCCAGCAACCUGGCUGACCGACGGGUAUGCUCUCAUUGGUGGAAAAUUGACCGACAUGAAACCAGUCGACCCGUUACCUUUCCCAAACAGUUAUCCCCGAGACACAAGUAUCAAAGAGCACGAAGGUCAAGAUUUUGGCAAUUUGUGUUUUUUUGCUUUGGAUUACGAACUCUGGUUGCUCGACCAUGACAAUCAUUCCUAUCAAGGACUUUGCCGAGAGGUGCGCAAGUUUGCUGUUGAAGGGAACAAUCCAGCUUGACGAACUUUGACGUCUCAAAUGUCUUUCCCCAGUUGACUUGACCUUAUGUGGUUUUGAAACGUAUAGUUAUCCACUUAGACAUCUUGAAUAGCAUACAUGAUGCAAUUUACGCGCUAGAUGUGGAUGGUGCCCUUGGCCAUCCACAGUUUGUUGAUGUGGAUGGUGCCCUUGGCCAUCCGCAGUUUG